AUGGCCAAAACCAGCACUAUUUCCCGUACAAAUUCUGAGUCCCAGAUCUCCGACUAUAUCACACCCGGGCUGUUAGUAUUCGACGACCUUGACAGUGUCCAGGGUGGUUCAGAAGGCAGAAGAAAAGGCAAACAGCGAGAGGUGCUGAAAGUAGAUCCGUAUACACCUGAUGAAUGUGCCGCUCUCGAUUGGAUGCGCAGCACGCUCGAAAUGGACAUGAUCACGGUCAAGGGCUGGUUACCAUCUACCACAGACGAAGAGAGGCUUGCGAUAGAGAUGUAUCUUAGAGAGACAACAAAGCACAUACGUACCACAACGUUUUUGAGCGCUGCCUCCAGGUUCCAUACAUAA